AAGAUCACAGUGCCUUGUUUGCACGUUCUCCAUUUUUGCAUUAUUUUAAUGUCAUGUAUGCGCUUAUAAAAUGAGGGGUCUCCUUCUCCUUCUCCAUCUCCAUCUCCAUCUCCAUCUCCAUCUCCAUCUCCAUAGCAGAGAAAAAAGCAAAAGAAUAAUAACAAUAAUCUGAGAAUAUCAAUUUUCUUUUCAAUGGCGGGUUUGAAGGUUCACGGUCCUCCAUUUUCCACAUGCCUCAUGAGAGUUGUGGCUUGCCUCUACGAGAAGGACCUCCAGUUUGAGCUUGUGCAUGUUGAUUUCAACACCCGCCAGCAGAAGACCCAACCUUUUCUCUCCCUCAAUCCGUUUGGUCAAGUCCCAGCCUUUGAAGACGGAGACCUCAAGCUCUUUGAAUCAAGGGCAAUAACGCAGUACAUAGCACACGAGUACGAGAGUGCUGGGACUCAGUUGGUUUGUGCCGACUCGAAAAAGAUGGCCAUCGUAGGGGUGUGGACAGAGGUGGAGGCCCACCAGUUCAACCCCGCGGCAGCUCGACUCACAACUGAGCUACUUGUCAAGCCAGCGCGAGGUGUGGCUACCGACUCAGUUGCGGCGGAGGAGAAUGGGUCAAAGCUAGCUAAGGUUCUAGAUGUGUACGAGGCUCGGCUGGCUCAAUCCAAGUACCUAGCUGGGGAUUGUUUCAGCUUGGCUGAUCUGCACCACCUCCCCUGCCUUCACUACUUGAUGGGGACACGUGUGAAGGAGCUAUUCGAGUCGCGCCCCCAUGUAAGUGCGUGGUGUGCCGAUAUUCUAGCUCGACCGGCUUGGUCAAAGGUCCUCGCAUUGCAAAAGAAGGCAUAAUCGAAAAAUAUUUUACACUGACGAUUCUUCCAUAGAACAUUUGAAAUCCUCUAAUUACAAGAUAUUAUGAUUUUUGAACCUUCACGUUAUAAUUCGGUAUUCUAUACCGAACCAUAUCUCAUACUCGUGUGAGUUAAAGUCCUAACAUAGCAUCUUGCAGUUGUCAAGUUUCAAAUUUUAUGGGGAGAAAUUAUCUUUUAAAGUAUUUUUUUUUUCUUUUUUCAAUCUUAGUAAGUGAAUAAUGGUGGUGGGGCUUGUAUGAACGCACCUAACAAUAAUAAUUUCCUUUCUUGAGGAUGUUGUGGCUGAAGAA